AUGACUCUUACCAAGCUCAACUUUAUCACCGGAAACCAGAACAAGCUCCGUGAGGUGCGCGCCAUUCUCGGCGAUGUUAUCCAGGUGGACAACCAGGAGGUCGAUGUCCCCGAGAUCCAGGGUACCAUUGAGGAAAUCGCCAAAGAAAAGGCUAAACGUGCUGCCGAGGCGAUCAAUGGACCUGCCUUGACUGAAGACACUGCUCUUGAGUUCCACGCGUUGAAGGGUCUUCCCGGGCCAUACAUCAAAUUCUUCAUGGAAAAUCUGGGCCACGAGGGCUUGAAUAAGAUGCUCGACGGCUUCGAGGAUAGAACCGCUGAAGCUGUGUGCACCUUUGCCUUUUGCCGUGGCCCUGGCGAGGAACCCAUUAUAUUCCAAGGUAGAACCGAGGGUGUUAUUGUGCGACCCAGAGGUCCAGCAGUCUUUGGCUGGGACGCUAUCUUCGAAUAUGAUGGCAAGCAGACCUAUGCCGAGAUGGACAAGGAGGUAAAGAACAAGGUUUCGCACCGGUCCAAGGCGCUGGCAAAAUUGCAGCAGUGGCUAGCCGAAGGCCAACAGUAA